CUCUUCCCUUUCCGCCCCCUUCUCCAACACACUCCCUCCUUGCCUCCCUCCCACCGCACACAACGCACACACACUCUCUCUCUCCUUCGCUCCAUCCGCUCGUCUCCUUCGUACGACGGCUAGCCUCCCUCUCUGCUUGUCUCUCGAACCCCCGCUCCUCUCUCCCUCACGGAGAGAGAGAGCCAGAGGAGAGAGAGUCGGGUUUUCUCUCCUGCUCUACGGUUGUGUUCGACGAUCUCCGAAGAGGGGGAAUCUAGGUUUUGGAGUGGUCGAAGAUGAUGGCAAUGGAGGAAGAUCGUGCGUCCCCCUUUGUGUCGGACGGGCGCAUUCGCAGCAUCAUGUUUAGUGCCGCCACGGAUGAAGAGAUUUGUAUAUAUUCCAUUAGUGAAUGCCCAAUUUCGCACCCAAGCCAGCUUACUAAUCCUUUUCUUGGAUUACCUUUGGAAUCUGGAAAGUGUGAAUCUUGUGGAACAGCAGAACAUGGGAAAUGUGAAGGUCACUUUGGCUACAUAGAACUGCCAAUACCAAUUUAUCAUCCAUCCUACGUAAGUGAGCUCAAGCAAAUCUUCAGCUUGGUUUGCUUGAAGUGCCUCAGAAUGAAGAAAGGAAAGGUCAAACAUACCAAUGGGAAAGACAGCGUCUCAACUACGACAUGUUUCUUUUGUCGGGAUUUAUCUAUAUCAGUUAAAGAAGUGAAGACUACAGAUGGUGCGCUGUCCUUAGAAUUGAGAGUACCAUCUAGGAAAAGGUUGCGAGAUGGAUUUUGGAACUUCUUAGAUCGCUUUGGUUUCCAUUAUGGCGAUUCUUUUUGUCGCCCAUUGCUUCCAUGCGAGGCCCUUAAUAUUUUGAAAGAGAUCCCAGAAGAGACCAGGAGAAAGCUGGCUACCAAGGGAUAUUUUCCGCAGACUGGGUAUAUAAUGCAACAUCUCCCUGUUCCUCCCAAUUGCUUAUAUGUUCCCGAAUUUUCAGAUGGGAAAAGCAUCAUGUCUUUUGAUAUUUCAAUUGCUUUGCUUAAAAGAGUUCUUAACAAGAUUGAGAUGAUCAAGCGAUCAAGGUCUGGCUCUCCGAAUUUUGAGUCGCAUGAAGUUGAAUCCACUGAUCUACAGUCUUCUGUUGCCCAGUAUAUGCAUCUAAGAGGCACCACAAAGGGACCUCAAGAUAGUAAAAGAUUUAUGAUCGGUAUGGAGGCUAAUGAAUGCUCGACAAAACAAUGGCUGGAGAAGAUGAGGACGUUAUUUAUUAGGAAGGGCUCUGGUUUUUCUUCACGUAGCGUUAUUACGGGAGAUGCUUAUAUAGGAAUUAAUGUUAUUGGUUUACCAUCAGAGAUAGCAAAAAAAAUUACCUUUGAAGAGCGAGUUACGGAGCAUAAUAUGAAGAGAUUGCAAGAAGUGGUGGAUAACAGACUUUGUGUUACAUACAGAGAUGGUGCUUCCACAUAUGCAAUUUCUGUGGGCUCCAAAGGGCACACAUGUCUUAAGAUUGGUCAAAUUGUGAAUCGUAGGAUUGUGGACGGAGACAUAGUUUUUAUCAAUCGACCUCCAAGUACACACAAACAUUCGUUACAAGCGUUUUAUGUAUACGUUCAUGAUGAUCACACCGUGAAGAUUAACCCUUUGAUUUGUGCUCCUCUUGGAGCAGACUUUGAUGGAGAUUGUGUUCACAUUUUUUAUCCACAGUCACUUGCUGCCAAGGCAGAGGUAGUAGAAUUAUUUAGUGUUGAAAAGCAGCUCCUUAGUUCACAUACUGGGAAUUUGAACCUGCAGUUGGUUAAUGAUUCCUUAUUGGCCUUGAAGCUUCUGUAUCUGAAAACUUUCAUCAGAAAGGAAACUGCACAGCAGCUUGCAAUGUUUGUCUCGCCAAAUCUUCCGCCUCCAGCUAUAUACAAAUCUCACAAUUCUGGCCCCUGUUGGACUGCUUCUCAAGUUCUGCAAUGUGCUUUGCCAAGUCUUUUCGAUUCCUUUGGGGAGAAGCACCAGAUAAGUUGUAGUGAAAUGAUUAAGCUCGAUUUUGAUGUCGAUUUUGUUCAGUCGUGCUUUUCAGAGAUUAUCUCUUCUAUCUUUACCAUUAAGGGUCCAAAGGAGGCUCUGAAUUUUUUUAAUGUUUUACAGCCUCUUCUGAUGGAAACACUGUUUUUGGAUGGUUUUAGUAUUAGCUUAAAAGAUUUUCAUGUUCCAAAGGCUGUCAUACAGGGAGUUCAGAAAAGCAUUCAGAGAAACUCAUACAUCCUUGACAAAACAAGAUACACUCAGAACCAGUUUGUGGAAAUGCGAGUUGAAAACCAUCUCAAAAGCAUCAAGCAGCCAAUUGUGGAGUUCAUCGUGAAGUUCUCUUCUCUGGGUUAUUUGAUCGAUUCAAAAAGUGAUUCGGCUAUUGCUAAAGUUCUCCAACAGCUUGGCUUUUUGGGCCUUCAACUUUUUCACGAAGGAAAGUUUUAUUCAAGUCGAUUGGUCGAGGACUGUUUUUCAACCUUUGUCAAUAGGUUUUCUACUGGUGGAGAUAAGCAUCCUUGUGAGGCUUAUGGCCUUGUUAAGAGUUCCUUUUAUAAUGGUCUAAAUCCCUAUGAAGAGUUAGUGCAUGCAAUUUCAUCUAGAGAAGUCUUAGUUCGGUCGUCAAGAGGGCUUACAGAGCCUGGAACUCUAUUUAAAAACUUAAUGGCUAUCCUGCGUGAUGUUGUUAUCUGCUAUGAUGGAAGUGUUAGAAAUGUCUGCAGUAAUUCAGUUAUACAAUUUGACUAUGGGGAUGAUGAUAGGGUAGACUUAAUCGGUCUAUCACCUCCUGGUGAACCUGUUGGUGUCUUAGCUGCCACUGCCAUAUCAAACCCGGCAUACAAGGCGGUUUUGGAUUCCUCUCAAAGUAACAAUUCGUCUUGGGAACUGAUGAAGGAAAUACUGCUCACUAAAGUGAGUUACAAAAAUGAUGUUAAUGAUCGAAGAGUAAUUCUAUAUUUAAAUGAUUGCUUCUGUGGAAAGAAGUUUUGCAAGGAAAGGGCGGCACUAGCAGUCCAAAGUUGCUUGAAGAGGGUCACAUUGGAAGAUUGCGUCACUGAUUUCUUGAUUGAAUAUCAAAAGGAAAUUAUACUACCUGGAAAUCCAGAACCAACUUCAGGACUAGUUGGCCAUAUACACCUUGACAAGAUGCAACUAGAAUCUUUAAACAGAAGUAUUGAUGAGGUUCUUCACACAUGUGAAGAAGUGAUUUUGAAAAAUGCAAAAAAGAAAGGACAGUUCAGCCACCUCUUCAAAAAGAUUACUCUGAUGGCUAGUGAAUGUUGCAGCAUCCAAAAGGCCAAAGAUUCGAAUCUCUCUCGGACUCCAUGCCUGCAGUUCUCCUACUGUGAUGAGAAUGUGGCUCCUUCUUGUGAAUAUUUUGAGGGCAUAGUACAAGUUUUGGCCAAUACUGUCUAUCCGACUCUUUUGGAUACAAUUGUUAAAGGUGAUCCAAGAGUUCAUGAGGCUAAAGUUGUUUGGGUCGGACCAGAUGCAACCUCUUGGGUGAGAAACUCUUCCAACACAUUGAAGGGUGAGUUAGCUGUUGAAAUGGUGAUUGAAAAGAGUGCAGCACCACAUAAUGGUGAUGCCUGGAGAACCGCAAUGGAUGCUUGCUUACCUGUGAUGCGUCUAAUCGAUGCUAGGAGAUCUAUUCCUUAUGGUGUUCAACAAAUUCGAGAACUUUUUGGCAUCUCUUGCGCCUUUGAUCAAGCUGUUGAGCGCAUGUCAACAUCAAUAAGAAAGGUAGCGAAAGGAGUUCUUAAGGAUCACCUAAUUCUUGUCGCAAGUAGCAUGACAUGCACUGGGAAACUAAAUGGGUUCAAUACUGGUGGUUAUAAGGCAACUUUUCGCUCUUUGAAAGUUCAAGUGCCUUUUACGGAGGCGACAUUAUUUACACCUAUGAAAUGUUUUGAGAGAGCUGCUGAGAAAUGCCAUUCUGAUUCACUCGACAGUGGAGUUUCAUCGUGCUCAUGGGGUAAACAUGUCGCCCUUGGUACGGGCUCAUCUUUCCAGAUUAUUUGGGACAAAAAGCAGAUGGCAAAUGACAAGGAUAUUGGAAAGGGUUUGUAUGACUUUUUGGUUAUGGUGAGAACAUCUGGUGAUCAACGAGAGGCAAAUGGUGCAUGUUUGGAAGAUGUCGAUGACCUGGAAGAAGAAAAUGAUGAGGCAUUGUGCUUGUCUCCUCAAUUUGAUGAUGGCUUUACAAACCCUACCUUUGAGGAAACCUUUGAGGGUGAGGUUAGUUUCUGGAAAGGUAGUAUCCAUGAGAAUGGGAAAAUCAAUAACUCGAGUUGGGACAAACCAAGAGAAUGCAACUUUGAGUUUGAAAAAGAAGCACCGCCUGAAUCUUGGGAGAAAUGGAAGAGUACAAAUACAAGUAGAAAUGCAAGUGCCUGGGAGUCAGGGGUUCGAAAGGAAAAUAUAGUCGAGGAGGAUUGGAGCUGUGUGACAGAUUCACCAUCCAAGAAUUCGUGGUGUAAGAAGUUAGCGAGUAACACACAAGAAUCAGAUGAUCGGUGGAAUGCCAAUGUUACUUUGAAAUCAAACAUUUGGAAUAGUCAGAAAUCGGAAGGAAAUCAACUUGAAAAUUCCGCCAAUGCAAAGAGAUGGGAUGACAAGAAAGCAUCUGAUCACGCAAAUGAGACUUGGAAAUCUGAUGGAUGGGGUUCUUCAAACCCUACAAAGUGGGGAACACAGACGAAUCAUUCUGAUAGUAGCGACAAAAAAGAAGUGGAUGAUCAGUGGAUUUCACUUGCUUCAAAAUCAAAUGUAUGGGCUAGUCAGAAAUCUGAGGAGAAAUUGUCACAUGAAAAUAGAUGGAAUGACAACGUGGUAUCUGAUCAUGCAAAUGAAACAUGGAAAUCUGAUGGAUGGUGUUCUUCAAACCCUACAAAUUGGGGAAUACAGAAGAAUCAUCCUGAAAGUUGUGACAUAAGAGAAAUAGAUGAUCAGUGGAAUUCAAAUGUUACCUCAAAACCAAAUGUAUGGGAUAGUCAAAAAUCCGAGGAGAAAUUGUUGGAUGCAAACAGAUGGAAUGACAACAAAACAUCGGACAAUGAUAGUCAAACAAUGAAAUCUGAUGGAUGGGGUCCUAAUAAAUCUGACGGAUGGGGUUCUUCAAAUAAAUCCGACGGAUGGGGUUCUUCAAACAAGUCUGAUGGAUGGGGAUCUUCUUUGAAUCCUCAAAACCGGAAAGGACAGAAGAACCAAUCUAAAAGGCCACCAAGGAAGCCUGAUGAGGCGAAAGGAGGCACGAUUGGGUUCACUUCCACGGGACGAAGAUUAGAUUCGUUUACAGCUGAAGAAGAAAAGAUACUUGUAGAAGUUGAACCAACCAUGCACAAUAUAAAAAGAAUACUCCGUGAUUCAAGUGAUGGUGAGAAGCUGUCAGAGGAUGAUGGGAAGUUCAUCACGGAAAAAGUUUUUGAGUACCAUCCGGAUAAACUAGCAAAGGUGUCUGACAAGAUUGACUACAUAAUGGUUGACAAGCACCAACAAUUUCAGGAAAGUCGGUGCUUUUACGUGGUCUCUUGUGAUGGAUCUCGUGCUGAUUUCUCCUAUCUGAAGUGCAUGGAGAAUUUUGUGAGGAGCAACUUCGCAGAGAAUGCCGACUCCUUUACCCGCAAGUAUUUUAGAAAGCACCAUUCCGAGCAAGUAAAUGCUGAUCGCGCAAUCGCAGAGAGUAGCUAAACUGACUGCAAUCCUCUUGCUGCUUAGAUUAGGAUUGACCUUUAGGCAGCUGUAAAUUUGUUGUAUAUACUUUUUCCAUGUCGUUUUCUCAGCACAGUUUGAUCUGUCUGACACAUGUCUUAAGCUUGCCCAAAUUUUGAGUGGCUCAGUGGUCAUUCUAAUGGUGCCCUGUCUGUCUUAACCGAUAUAUACUUGGUGUUGUCUUAACCAAUUCACUGUGUAAAUCAUCUCAGAAACAAGCUUAUGGGAAUUAAGCUUUUCAUUUCCAUUUUA